AUGCUGGCGGACGCGCUGCGCACCGGCACCUACCACGCGGCCAUCUCCGAGAACGGCGCCGACUUUGCGGGCAAGGCCGUGCUGGACGUCGGCGCCGGAUCGGGCGUGCUCUCGCUCUUCGCCGCGCGGGCCGGCGCGCGCGUCGUGUACGCGGUGGAGGCCUCCCCCGCCGCGCAGUAUGCACGGCGCCUAGUCCAGGCGCAACCGGGCCUGGCGGGCAUAGUCCACGUCAUCCAGGGCCGGGUGGAGGAUGUGGAGCUGCCGGAAAAGGUUGACGUGCUCAUCUCGGAGCCAAUGGGCACGCUGCUCGUGAAUGAGCGCAUGAUAGAGUCGUACCUGGCCGCCCGGGACAAGCACAUGAAGCCCGGCGGCAAGAUGUUCCCCAGCCUGGGCCGGAUCCACGUGGCCGGCUUCUCGGACCCAUACCUGCACGCCGAGGUGAUGGCGCGGUCGGCCUUCUGGAAGGCCACCGACUUCUUCGGCCUGGACCUCAGCUGCCUGGAGGCCGAGGCGACGGCCGGCUACUUUGGCCAGGUGGUGGUGGACGCCAUCCCCUCCGGCGCCCUGGUCUCCAACACCGCGCAGCGCACCAUCGACUUUGCCACCGCGGCGCCCGAGGACCUGCGCGAGCUGGCCAUCCCUCUGAGUCUGCAGGUGGCAGCGCCGGGGCCGGUGCAUGGCCUCGCCUGUUGGUUUGACGUGCUGUUCGAGGGGUCGCAGGCGCCACGCUGGCUCUCCACCGCGCCCGGCCUGCCCACGACGCACUGGUUCCAGCUGAGAUGCCUGCUGCAGGAGCCCGUGCAGGUGGCCAAGGCUGGUGACACCCUGACCGGCCGCCUGCACCUGCUGGCACACUCCCGGCAGUCGUACGAUGUGACGCUGGAGCUGUCCAGCGGCGCCUCCCCCGUUUCUGUCGGCAGGUACGACCUCAAGGAACCCUACUACCGCCAGCUCAACCAGUGGAUCCCGGUGGCCAACGGUGCAGAGGCCACCUACGAGCAAAUGGCGGCCGAGGCGGGGCAGGGGCCAUCCACCUGA